CCGGGCGCCCGGCUGGGGGGGCCGCUGGGUGUGGGGCGGCUCCGGGGCCGGGGAUGGCGGCGGCCGCGGUCGCGGCGGCUCCGGGACGAGCGGGAGGAGCCCGAAGAGCGCCGUGAGAUGGGCCGGCUCCCAAGGCAGCGGGGAGGACACUGCUUCUUACUACAGCUGCUCAGAGGCACUACUGGAAGCUCAGCAGAUGUGGGCGCCCCAGCCAGCAGCAGAGAGGGGUGCAGGGGAGCCACAGAGAAGCCCCUUCUGAUGCCCCAAGGAGCAAGCCGACCCCUUCCAGGCUCCAGGAACACCAUAAAGCAAUAUGAAACCUGUUCAUGAGAGGAGUCAGGAAUGCCUUCCACCAAAGAAACGAGACCUCCCCGUGACCAGCGAGGAUAUGGGGAGAACUACCAGCUGCUCAACUAACCACACACCCUCCAGUGAUGCCUCUGAAUGGUCCCGAGGGGUUGUGGUGGCCGGGCAGAGCCAGGCAGGAGCCAGAGUCAGUCUGGGGGGUGAUGGAGCUGAGGCCAUCACUGGUCUGACGGUGGACCAGUAUGGUAUGCUGUAUAAGGUGGCUGUGCCACCUGCUACCUUCUCCCCAACUGGCCUCCCAUCUGUGGUGAACAUGAGCCCUUUGCCCCCCACAUUUAAUGUAGCGUCUUCACUGAUUCAACAUCCAGGAAUCCAUUAUCCCCCAAUCCACUAUGCUCAACUCCCGUCCACCUCUCUGCAGUUUAUCGGGUCUCCUUAUAGCCUUCCCUAUGCCGUGCCACCUAAUUUCCUACCAGGUCCCCUCCUUUCUCCUUCUGCCAACCUCGCCACUUCUCACCUUCCACACUUUGUGCCAUAUGCCUCACUCCUGGCAGAAGGAGCCACUCCGCCUCCCCAGGCUUCAUCCCCAGCCCACUCAUUCAGCAAAGCCCCUUCUGCCACCUCCCCACCUGGGCAGUUGCCCCAUCACUCGAGUACUCAGCCACUGGACCUUGCUCCAGGCCGGAUGCCCAUUUAUUAUCAGAUGUCCAGGCUACCUGCUGGGUACACUUUGCAUGAAACCCCUCCAGCAGGUGCCAGCCCGCUUCUUACCCCUCAGGAGGGCCAGUCUGCUCUGGAAGCAGCCGCUGCCAACGGACAGAGACAGCGAGAACGAAAUUUAGUAAGACGGGAAAGCGAAGCCCUCGACUCCCCCAACAGCAAGAGUGAAGGCCAGGGACUGAUGCCAGUGGUAGAAUGUGUGGUGGAUGGACAGUUGUUUUCAGGUUCUCAGACUGCACGGGUGGAGGUGGCAGUGCCGACACACCGAGGGACCCCAGACACCGACCUCGAGGUCCAGCGGGUGGUUGGCACUUUAGCUUCUCAGGACUAUCGUGUGGUGACAGCUCAGAGGAAGGAUGAGCCCAGCCCCCUCAACUUGUCGCAUCAUACCCCUGACCAUCAGGGUGAGGGGCGAGGGUCAGCCAGGAACCCAGCAGAGAUGGCCGAGAAAAAUCAGGCCCGAGGGUUUUACCCUCAAUCCCAUCAAGAACCCGUGAAACAUAGACCUUUACCCAAAGCAAUGGUUGUAGCCAAUGGCAACCUGGUGCCCACUGGAACUGACCCAGGUCUGCUGCCCGUGGGCUCGGAGAUCCUGGUGGCAUCAAGUUUGGACAUGCAGGCCAGAGCCACCUUCCCAGAUAAGGAGCCAACGCCACCCCCCAUUACCUCCUCCCACUUGCCCUCCCAUUUCAUGAAAGGCGCCAUCAUCCAGCUGGCUACAGGGGAGCUGAAGCGGGUGGAGGACCUCCAGACCCAGGACUUUGUGCGCAGUGCCGAAGUGAGUGGGGGGCUGAAGAUUGACUCUAGCACGGUCGUGGACAUUCAGGAGAGCCAGUGGCCUGGAUUUGUCAUGCUGCAUUUUGUGGUUGGUGAGCAGCAGAGCAAAGUGAGCAUCGAGGUGCCCCCCGAGCACCCCUUCUUUGUGUAUGGCCAGGGCUGGUCGUCCUGCAGCCCUGGGCGGACUGCACAGCUCUUCUCUUUGCCCUGCCAUCGGCUGCAGGUGGGAGAUGUCUGCAUCUCUAUCAGUUUACAGAGCUUGAACAGUAACUCAGUUUCUCAGGCUAGCUGUGCUCCCCCAGGCCAGCUGGGUCCCCCCCGAGAAAGGCCUGAGAGGACAGUCUUGGGACCCAGAGAGCAAUGUGACAGUGAGGGGAAGAGCCAGCCGCCAGGUGAGGGCCCCCAAAUGGUAGAGCCCUCACAGCCGGAGCCUGGUGCUCAGGCCUGCUGGCCAGCCCCAAGCUUCCAAAGAUACAGCAUGCAAGGGGAGGAGGCGCGGGCUGCACUGCUCCGUCCCUCUUUCAUUCCGCAGGAGGUAAAGCUGUCCAUCGAAGGGCGUUCCAAUGCAGGAAAAUGAACCUCUCUCCCAGACCAGGACUGGGGCUUUACCCCAGAGCUGGGCCUCAGCGUGAGCAGGCAGAGGAUUUGCACAUGCCGAGCAGGGAAUGGCUCUCUUGGCAGUGAGAUUGGGGGGGAAAGAGGAGGCAUUGAAGGCAGCCUCCCAAGGCAGGGUCUGUUGCUCAUUACCCCAUGGCAUCCUUUCAGGGCAGCCCCAGAGGGUGCUGUGAUGGGGAGCAGCAGGCCUGAGCUAAGGAAAGAUGGGGGGUGCACACAGGAUAAGAAACAUUCCAAAUAUCAGGGCCUCCCUGUUCUUUCCUCCUCAUCCCUAGCUCCUGCAAGGGGAAGGUCGGGCUUUGGGGGCAGGUGGCAGAGGGAGGGAGCAAAGAAAGAGCCAAAAAUGAUGAUCCACAGCUUAUAGUAGCAGUUCAACUGUCUGAAGUUUUUUUCCUUUUUUUGUGGUGGGAGGGGAGGAAGCCCCAUGAUCGGGAUUAAGAGGGUUCCCACCCAGAACUCUUCUUUCGAGAGCUGUGCACUUUAAAGGGUGAUUUUGUUACAGAUGUCUGUGGGUUUGUGGGGGAGGAGCACUCGUCUGCGGGACUCGGCUUGAUCCUGUGCUUUAGCCCUUUCCAUUCCCCCACCGUUCCUCCCACAAGGCUUCUAGCACCAGAAGAAAGAGGAGCCCCUCCAGGGUUCAGAGUGAAGUACUGCUUUGGCAGGGACCCAGUUAGGGGACUUUGGGAGAAAGACCUGAUGGCCAGGUGACCGGGCUCUAGGCAGGGCUUCUGGAAAGGUAGCUGACCUAGCAGAGCUCCUUGUACCCAGCAUGCCAGACCUACUUCGAAAUCGUACUGAAUUUCUAGUUGGUAAUGGUGACUUUUGAAAGAACCAGUGGACCUUUGUCCCCAGUCCCCUACUCUCCUCCUCUGUCUAUGUUGUGCCUAAGUGCCUGCGCUGCCCCAGCCCUUCUGCCGCCCUGUCCUCUGCAUGGUGUCUUGACCUGGGCCCGAUUUGUAGCUGCACUGCCUUUCCCCUUCUGCAAAAUUGUUUUUGUCCACUCUGACCAAGACCUCUAGUGUUUGGAGUGGAGGGGGUCUCUUUGAUUUCCUCUUCAGUUAUAUUCCCUGUUUUUCAAAACUCAUAAUCAUGUCCCCUCCUCUUCUGCAGCUGAACAGCUUGGUAGAGAAACAAGAAGGGAACUGUGCCCUGGGUCAGGGCAAAUACCCCUGGCUGGGCAGUGGGCAUCCUGGUGUUUUUACACAGCCCCUCCCAUCUUAUUCCCCCUUCUGUCAGCAUUCAGGCUUCUCCGAGCCAGCCCCUCCCACAGCCAUCUCUAAGGUUCUGGGAUAGUCUUGAUAAGUUUCCAGUACCUGAAGUCUCCUAGGUCUCAUUUUGUGGUGGAGCGUUCCUCUGCAAAGAGCAUUCUCAGUCUUAGUUGCAUUUGCCCCCCCUUGUGUCUAAAGUCCACGUUUUCUUCACAACUUUUAGCAUCAGCUUGGACUGUGGGUUUCCACUGGGUAUUGAGAAUUAGGCUCCCCCACCAGCCUUCAGGUGGGUGGGUGGGUUUUUUGUUUGUUUUUCAGGGGUCUUUAGACUCUUGAAGCAACUCAGGGUAUCGUCCACCCCGCUCUCUGAUGAGGCUUCUCUCAGUGUAUGAUCCUGGCAUUUCGUUCAGAAAUGUACAUGGACUAGCCGAGGCCUUGCCUGUCAUCAGGAGUCCCAAACCUCUGAGGUCUGAUCUCUACUCUGUCAAGGACUUCAGGCAAGUCUUGUGACCUCUCGCUCUUUCACUUCCUCCCCAGCUGCCAAAUGGGGAUAAAUAAUCUUACCUACCUCCUGGGGGGAGGGGGAGUUCUGAGAAUGGAGUCAUUCUUAGUGUUCAGGUGCUAAAGGUUGUUCUCCUGGGGGAACAAAGUGACUGAGACUGGCUUGUUUGCUACAAGCCCUACACACCACUGUUUCAUUCCUAGAGAGCAGUCAGUCAGGUUUCAGAGGCCCAUCCAAAGGAAGCUGCUGACCUGACUGUGAGUACUUCAGUCUCUGGGUCACCUCCGAACCAAACACCAACUCCGGUGAACACUCAACCUUGUAUGCGUUUGGGAUCCUCACCUUUCCCUGCUCUGUCCCCCAUUUUCUCUGAAUGCUGCUUUCUCUGGCUUGUUUCCUACCGAGGGGGCCUGUGGGGCUAAGUCUUUGAGGAAUCCUCUCAGACAAUAGCCCUGGGAGAAGACCUCAUCUCUGCCUGUUCUGUGAUCAGCUCAUUCCUAGGGAUUGUUGUUUGCACGGGUUUCUCAGAAAUCUCCCUCAUAGGA